GGCCUCAGCCGCGCUAAGAUGGCGACUCCCAUGCAUCGCCUCAUAGCCCGGAGACAAGCUGAAGCAAAUAAACAACAUGUAAGAUGUCAGAAAUGCUUGGAAUUUGGGCAUUGGACUUAUGAAUGCACAGGAAAAAGAAAGUACCUACAUAGGCCUUCAAGAACAGCAGAACUAAAGAAAGCUUUAAAAGAAAAAGAAAACAGAUUAUUAUUACAACAAAGCAUUGGAGAAACUAAUGUAGAAAGAAAGACCAAGAAAAAAAGGUCUAAGAGUGUAACCAGUUCCAGUAGCAACAGCAGUGACAGUUCAGCCAGUGAUUCUUCAUCAGAGAGUGAAGAGACCUCUACCUCAUCCUCCUCAGAGGACAGUGACUCUGAUGAAAGCUCCUCCAGUUCAUCAUCUUCAGCCUCCUCCACAAGCUCUUCCUCGUCCUCCGAUUCAGACUCAGAUUCCAGCUCUUCCAGUAGCAGCAGCAGCAGCACAAAUAGUAGCUCUGAGGAUGAACCACCAAAGAAGAAGAAAAAGAAAUAGAAUUGUUCCAUCCAUGUUGGACUGAUGGACUAAAAACGUUAAUGCGAUUCUCAGAAGGGAAUUUAGAAUGUGUUAAGACCAAAUAGGUUAACUGAUCAAAAUUUUUAGAGUUCAAAAGUUUCUAAAUGUUUUACAUUGUAAGAGCAUAAAGAGUAUUAAUAAUGGAUUAUAUAUAUAAAGACUUUUAUUUUAGGGGUGAAUCUUGUUUUUUUUUUAUCUUUAAAAUAUAUCUCUAAAAUUAAUCAAAGCUGAAAUCUAGUAAAUCUUUUUGUGAUGAAACCUAUCUUUUCUCCCUGUGAAAUAAAUGCCAUACUUUGUUAUAUGUUAGUGCUAUGUAUCAGACAUGUUUUCAGGAUAAUGCAUCAGAAUAUCUAUCUGGCAGUGAAUUUCUAAUGCUUUUGGCUGUAUGUUAUUAUGUAAGAUUUAAUACCUCUGUAAGCUUAGAGUUUUCCUACUGUUAAUAAAUGUGCUCUAUUUUUAUGUUUAUGUUCAGA